UGAACUAGUCAUAACUUUGAUAACUGCCUAACAAUAGGCACCAACCCUUACUGAAAAUAAAUAACUGUUAAAAUAAAUCUUCACACUAAACGAUGAGGACUCCUAAACGAAAGGUACGGAACUUUUUAUCCAAGUUUAGAAAAAGGAAAGUUUUUGUGGAAUUCAUGACAACACGGACUUGAGCUUUCUCGAGGAAACCAGUUGGAGGGAGGUUUGAGCGCCCUUUUACUCAGAGAUGCUGAAGAUGAUGAUACGGACUACAACUGCUGCUACUUCUUCUUCUUCCUAUUGCUGGAGCAGCAGAGGUAUGAAUUGUCUUCACUCUAACUCCACUUUUCUCGUUUUCGUCACCAAUUACUUUGCUUUCUUUCAUUCUCAACCUUCGAAACCGAUCAAAUCUACAAGAACCCAACUAGAGCAGCCAAAAAGAGACUUACCCAAAAUCACAAAUGUUGAGGAUGCCUUCAAUGUGUUCGAUAGAAUGCUUCAAAUGCGCCCUCUGCCCUCUGUUGUCCGUUUCAAUAUAAUCUUGGGUCAAGUUGCAAAAUUGAAACAUUACUCGGCCGUCAUCUCAUUGCAUAACCAAAUGGGUGUGUCGAGAAUUGGACCUGAUGUUUAUACCCUAACCAUUCUCAUAAAUUGUUAUUGUCAUCUAAACCAAAUGGGGUUUAGUUUAUCUGUAUUGGGAAAAUUCUUCAAACUUGGGAUGGUUGGGGAAGCAGAAGGCGUGGUCGGAAUGAUGAUUGAAAGAGAUAUUGAACCUAAUACCGUUACAUACACUUCACUUAUGGAUGGUUUCUGUUUGCGAGGAGAAAUGGGCAAGGCGAAAAAGAUUUUUGGACUAAUGCUUAGCAAGGGCUCGAUGGUUAAUGUUGUUAGUUACAACACAUUGAUAAAUGGAUAUUGUAAGCAUAAAAUGAUGGAUGAGGCCAUGACGCUUCUUCGGGAAAUGUCUCGUAAGGGACUAGUUCCAAAUACUGUUACUUAUAACACUCUUGUGGAUGGUUGUUGCAAAGUGGGGAAAUUAGGUGAUGCACAAAAGUUGUUCUCUGAGAUGCAAGCUUGUGGCCAACUUCCAAAUGUUCAAACUUAUGCUAUUCUACUGGAUGGCCUGUGUAAAAACCGAAAACUUUCUACCGCAAUCCAACUGUUUAAAGAGAUGGAAGGCAAGAAGUUGGAUGUAAAUAUUGUGAUUUACACUAUUCUUAUUGAAGGUUUGUGCAUAGCUGAAAAAAUUGAAUCUGCAAAGGAACUCUUUUGCAGUUUGUCAUCAAGAGGGCUUCAACCGGAUGUAAGGACAUAUAACAUAAUGAUUAAUGGACUCUGUAUUGGGGGCCGAACUAGUGAAGCAGAAAAGCUGCUUAUCGAAAUGGAAGAGAAAGGUUGUUCUCCAGAUGGUUGGACCUACAACGUAAUUAUUCGAGGGUUUAUCAAUAACAAUGAGACAGUAAGGGUGAGAGGACUUAUUCAACAAAUGGUGGAGAAGGGUUUCUCGGCAGAUGCAUGGACUACAGAAUUGAUAGUUGAACUAUUGGGUAAAGAUAAAGUAGAUCCUGCAUUGUUGCCAUUGAUGCAAAAAGAGAAUUAUGAACUGAAUUUGCCUCAGUUAAAGUUGAACAGAUCUUCUGACCAUCCCAAUACUUCAUUCCCAACCCUCUUUGCUCUCUUUCACUCACCGAUGCUGAAGAUGAUGACACGGACUACAACUGCUGCUACUUCUUCUUCUUCUUAUUGCUGGAGCAGCAGAGGUAUGAAUUGUCUUCACUCUAACUCCACUUUUCUCGUUUUCGUCACCAAUUACUUUGCUUUCUUUCAUUCUCAACCUUCGAAACCGAUCAAAUCUACAAGAACCCAACUAGAGCAGCCAAAAAGAGACUUACCCAAAAUCACAAAUGUUGAGGAUGCCUUCAAUGUGUUCGAUAGAAUGCUUCAAAUGCGCCCUCUGCCCUCUGUUGUCCGUUUCAAUAAAAUCUUGGGUCAAGUUGCAAAAUUGAAACAUUACUCUGCCGUCAUCUCAUUAUAUAACCAAAUGGGUGUGUCGAGAAUUGGACAUGAUGUUUAUACCCUAACCAUUCUCAUAAAUUGUUAUUGUCAUCUGAAUCAAAUGGGGUUUAGUUUAUCUGUAUUGGGAAAAUUCUUCAAACUUGGUCUUGAACCUGAUGUCUUUACCUUCACCACUCUAAUAAAUGGCUUUCUUCUCGAGAAUAAAGUGGCGGAGGCGGCAGGAAUUUUCAACAAAAUCAUUGCCGGAGUUAAUUGUCAGCCUGAUGUGGUUACUUAUGGCACACUAGUAAAGGGCUUUUGCAUGAAAGGUAACAAUAGGGCUGCUAUUCUGUUGCUUAGGAAGAUGGAGGAAGGAGCUUGCAAGCCUGACCUAGUUGUCUAUAACACAAUCAUCGACAGUCUUUGUAAGGAUACACUAGUUGAUGAUGCAUUGAACCUCUUCUCAGAAAUGAUUUGCAAGGGUAUUGCCCCAGAUGUCAUUACCUAUAACUCUUUGAUUCAUGGAGUUUGCAAAUUAGGCGAGUGGAAAGAAGCUGCAAGGUUGUUGAAUGAAAUGGUGAGUAAAAAUAUCUAUCCAAAUGUUCGCACGUUUAGUGUCUUGAUAGACACACUUUGUAAGGAGGGGAUGGUUGGGGAAGCAGAAGGCGUGGUCAAAAUGAUGAUUGAAAGAGAUAUUGAACCUAAUACUGUUACAUACACUUCACUUAUGGAUGGUUUCUGUUUGCGAGGAGAAAUGAGCAAGGCUAGAAAAGUUUUUAAACUAAUGCUUAGCAAGGGCUCGAUGGUUAAUGUUGUUAGUUACAACACAUUGAUAAAUGGAUAUUGUAAGCAUAAGAUGAUGGAUGAGGCCAUGAUGCUGCUUCGGGAAAUGUCUCGUAAGGGACUGGUUCCAGAUAUCGUUACUUAUAGCACACUUGUGGAUGGUUGUUGCAAAGUGGGGAAAUUAGGUGUUGCACAAAAGUUGUUCUCUGAGAUGCAAGCUUGUGGCCAACUUCCAGAUGUUCGAACUUAUGCUAUUCUACUGGAUGGCCUGUGUAAAAACCGACAACUUUCUACAGCAAUCCAACUGUUUAAAGAGAUGGAAGGCAAGAAGUUGGAUGUAAAUAUUGUGAUUUACACUAUUCUUAUUGAAGGUUUGUGCAUAGCUGAAAAAAUUGAAUCUGCAAAGGAACUCUAUUGGUUAUCAUCAAAAGGACUCCAACCAAAUGUGAGGACAUAUAACAUAAUGAUUAAUGGACUCUGUAUUCGGGGCCUAACAAGUGAAGCAGAAAAGCUGCUUACUGAAAUGGAAGAGAAAGGUUGUCCUCCAGAUGAUUGUACAUAUAACAUAAUUAUUCGAGGGUUCAUCAAUAACAAUGAGACAGUAAGGGUGACAGGACUUAUUCAACAAAUGGUGGAGAGGGGUUUCUCAGCAGAUGCCUGGACUACAGCAUUGAUAGUUGAUUUAUUAUCCAAAGGUAAAGUAGAUCUCGCAUUGUUGCCAUUGAAGAAAAGAGAAUUGUGAAGUUAACUGUCCUCUUUGAAAGUUGAAACAGAUCAUCUGAUUAUCAUGGCAAACAUUGAAAUUGCAAUUGGAAAGAAUAAUUGUCCAUAAAUUCCAGUUCGACUUAGCUCAACAGCCUGAAAUCUUGCAUAAGACUGUCGCAGUUGCAGUGACACAACAGGAGCAGCAAUUGAAAGAUCUGGAGGAGGAUAUGCAGUCCUUUGUAUCUACCAAGGCAGAUGUGCUCUAUACAACCUAAUUAUUUGGCAUGCUUUGGAAGGCUACUGAAGAACUUUGAAGAAGACUGGGAAAGCUUAAUAACAUGUAUGGUUCUAGUAUUAAGGCUCUGGAUGGCAUACUUGGGGACCUUAAAAGAAAUUCUCAGUUAACUUUUUGUCAUCUAAAUUCAUAAGUUUCUAGCGAUUCUUCUGCUCUGGUAGAUGGAAUCAUGGAAGUAUUAGUUUACUGCUUUUUCAGUCUUCACGUUUCUUCUUGCUGUCUCUGUAUUUGACUUUAUUUCAUUUGAUUUCAAAGGAAUCGCUUCAGAAGCUGAUGCAUUACUCUCAAA